AUGGAUAAUCCAGGAGAAAAGAUGGAUAAUCCAGGAGAAAAGAAAAAUCGUGCAUUGUUUAUAUGGAGAGAAAGACGUCGAAUGGCUAUUAUUCAUGUCAUAUGCCUUGUAGUUUAUUACUACAUGCUUAGAAUUCAUUCUCAAAGUAGGAUACCUGAUCGUAUGUUGAUUUUGGAGAAGGAGAGAGCACGAGAAAAAAUAAUGAAGCGAGUUACUAGUAGUGAAGGUCGAAAGAUAAUAAGAAUGGGGCCUAUAGCUUUUUUGGACUUGUGUGCAAUGUUAGAACGAGAAGGUGGUCUCCAAUCAACCCAACGGGUAAAUAUAGAGGAACAAGUUGCCAAAACCCUCUAUAUUCUAACACAUAAUGUUAGAAAUCGAGAGGUUCAAUUCUGGUUUCGACGCUCUGGUGAGACCACUAGUCGGCAUUUUCAUCAUGUCCUUCGAUCAAUAGUGGAGUUAGAAGACAAAUAUCUUAAACAACCAGAUGGCUCACAAAUUCCAAUGGAAAUUAUGGGAAGCAACCAGUUUAACCCAUUUUUUAAAGAUUGUGUCGGGGCAAUUGAUUGUACACAUGUUCGUGUCAAAGUUCCAUUGAAUGAAGCCUCAAAAUAUCGUGGAAGAAAAGAUUUUCCAACACAAAAUGUUUUGGCUGCCUGUUCAUUUGACCUAAGAUUUACUUAUGUUCUGCCUGGAUGGGAGGGCACUGCUUCGGAUUCAAGGAUACUAAAAGAUGCACUACGCAGAACAGAUAAACUUAGAAUACCUAAAGAACCAACUUAUGGAAUCAAGACACAAAACAAGAUUAUCAUAGCAUGUUGCAUUUUGCACAAUUAUUUGAUGAUGGUCGACCCUGAUGAAGAGUUGGUUGCUGAGGUGGAUGAAGAGAUUUUUGACCAAAGAGUAUCUGAACAACAUGGAGAUAUCCAUAUAGACGAGGAUGAGGAUGAAGAACAUACUCGUUUAGGAGAAAAUUUAAGAAAUUCUAUUGCUGAUGCUAUGUGGAGAGCUUAUAGAUCAUGA